AUGGGCGAGUUAAAGCCCUACAAGCACGGGUACUACCUAUGGCUCUAUGUCCCAUCCCUCGGAGCAGCAGUUGUAUUUCUAUUGUUUUUCGCAGGAGCGACUGUGCUGCACACUUAUCGGCUCAUCAAAACCCGAACCUGGUUCUACAUUCCCUUCGCCAUGGGAGGAAUCUUCGAGAUCUACGGAUAUGGAGGUCGCUGCGGCGCAUAUAAGAACACAGCCUCCCUAUUCGCCUACGCGCUUUCCAAUAACGGCGCACUACUCGCCCCCGUCCUAUUCGCAGCCUCUAUCUACAUGACCCUAAGCCGGAUAAUCCGCGCCGUGCGCGGAGAACAACACAGCAUCAUCCCCAUGAAAUGGCUUACAAAAGUCUUUGUCGUCGGAGACAUAGCAUCCUUCGCCGUACAGGCAUCAUCGACAGGCCUAAGCGUUACCAGCCACGGAACGGCCGCCAAAGCAGUCGUCUUACUGGGUCUUUUCAUUCAGCUGAUAUCGUUCGGUUUUUUUGGUGUAACUGCGGCUGUAUUUUAUCGACGUGUGCUAAGGGCCCCGACGUCCGAGUGUUUCCAUUCUAACUUACCGUGGGAGUCGAGUUUGCAUAUGCUGUUCGCGGUUAGUGCUCUUAUCAUGAUCCGAUCGAUAUUCCGAGUCAUCGAGUACUGGGGUGGGGAGUCGGGGUACUUACUACAGCAUGAAUGGCCCAUGUAUGUUUUUGAUAGCGUUCCUAUGCUGGUCGUCAUGGCUCUGUUCUAUAUAAGGUAUCCGAGCUGUAUUCGGGAUAAGGGGCACGAUAAAGAACAAAGUGAGAGACCUAUCGAUGCUGUAGGAUAA